AAACUGCGCCAUGUGAUGAAUGAACUCAUUGACCUGCGUAGACAGCUACUGUCAGGUCACUUGACACAGGAUCAGGUGCGAGAAGUCAAGAAACACCUUACAGUGCGACUGGACUGGGAAGCAGGGAAAGGGCCCUACCUCGCAGCGGUGCUGAGACAAGGAAAGAGGGGAGGCUGGUCCCACGUCGGGCGGCCCUCGGUCCCCCCUGUGCUCAAGGUCUCCGACUCAUGUGGAGCGGAGCAGCCUGGCGCCGUCCGCGCACACAUCUCCGCCAGUAUGGAUGCCAUCGACGCCAGAGGCGAUGCAGGCGGUGAAGGACAUUAUGAGUCUGCUGGUUCCAGGCGUGCAACCGGCGACGGCUCCCCGGUCUCGGGUCAAGCCCUCAUUGGGUGCCCAUCAGACCUCUCCUGUGGGUCGCAGUUCCCGCUCCGAGGACUGCUCCCUGCACCGUUCGAUGCCGACCAGGCCAUCGCAGUCACCGCCGGCACAGGAGUCUCGGGGACCCUCUACGCCGCCUGCCAGCGACAGGCAUCAAGAGAGGCGCCAGGAAUCCGCCCAUCCCCGGCCCGCACGGCUCAGCUGGGACAACUACCACCACCGGGCCCUCAGCCGGGUCAGUGGCAAGGGGCCCCAUGGCAAGGACAGUGCUGCCAGUGGGCACCGAUGGCCGCCCAGACGGGGGCCCGCUCGGUCGCCAGAGCGUCACAGGCUCCAUCAGCCUCGUCCGUCCGCCUAAGAGACAGAUCGGCGGGCCACGAGUCGGUGGACCUGCGCCCAGACUCUGAUCUGGGGCUCGACCCCCCGGUGCAGACCGAGGCCCACAGCUCUGUGCGGGCCCUUUCCCAGGCACCGGACGACACCAUAACGGCGCCUCCGCCAUCAAUCGCUCAGGAGUAUUUUCAGGUGCACCAGGACCUGCUAAAGCGGGUGGCAUCCAGCCUCCAACUGCAGGCCGAGGAAAUGGAGGGCCCUUCCGAUUCCCUCUUUAAUGUGUUGUCCCCUUCGGCACCGGGCCGCGUGGCUCUGCCCCUGCACCAGGGUGUGGCCAACAUUUCCAACACCCUGUGGCAAACUCCCGUCUCCUUGGUUCCGAUCUCCAAGAAGGCUGAAAGGAAGUACUUCGUGCCGGCCAAGGACCAUGAGUACUUCUAUUCCCACCCGGCACCUAACUCGCUUGUGGUAGAACCUUGGGCCUCUACGUCCUUCCGGCUAAGGACAAGGCCAAACCGCAACUGUCGGCUCAACCUGCGAGGAGCAGAUACGAGCCCCCGUAUAAGAAACCGAGGGACCAAAAAUGCCCGUCUCAGUGGCAGUCCCGCUCAGCCCUGCAGCCUGGGCCCACUAAGGGAAAGAGGCAGUUUUGACUAUUUGCAGGCGGGCACGGAGCCAGUUGCCAGGGAGACCCCCCAAUUAAUAAAGUUUGUGUUCCGCAACCGUUUGUCUGCCUUCCGCAUGGCGUGGUCCCAUAUAACAUUGGACCAGUGGGUCCUCAAUACCAUUUCCAAGGGCUACAUGUUGCAGUUCACCUCACCCCCACCAAACCACCUGCCCUCCCCGGUAGACCCGGGGGACCCAGAGCAUGCCCACCUCCUAGCUCAGGACGUGGACCGUCUACUGCACCUGGGGGUGGUAGAAUUCCAGAGCAAAGGGUUCUACUCCCGGUACUUCCUGAUCCUGAAGGCCAAAGGGGGCCUCAGGCCCAUCCUGGACCUCCGGGGCCUAAACCGUUUUUUGGCCCGCUCCAAGUUCCGCAUGGUGUCCCUGGCCUCUAUUGUCCCCUCCCUGGACCCGGGGGACAGACAGUUCCUCCAGUUUGUGGUCAACAACACUCACUAUCAGUUUACAGUUCUUCCCUUUGGCCUUUCGGCAGCCCCUCAGGUGUUCACGAAGUGCAUGUCGGUCAUGACAGCCUUCCUGCGAAAACGACAGGUGCAAGUAUUCCCAUACCUCGACGACUGGCUAAUCAAAGACUGCUCCAGGGCCCAAGUGGAGGCCCAUCAUUUAUCAAGUAGGCACAGUGUCCAGCAAAGCACAACACAGGUGGAUACGAUUCGUCAGCGUCAUGGGGAAGCUUGCCGUAUGCCAGUGCCCCACCACUUCUUCGUCAGUCUAAAGAGCUUCACCUAUAAUACUAUUGGGGAGGACACAGAUGUCUUCUUUUCUUUGUAUGAUGUUCGAGAGGGCAAGCAGAUCAGUGAGCGGUUUCUGGUGAGGUUAAACAAGAAUGGAGGCCCAAGGAAUCCAGAAAAGAUAGAACGGAUGUGUGGCCUUUUCACAGAUCUCAGCAGCAAGGAUAUGAAGAGAGACUUGUACAUAGUUGCACAUGUAAUUCGAAUAGGUCGCAUGCUGCUAAAUGAUUCCAAAAAGGGCCCCUCCCAUCUACAUUAUCGUCGCCCCUAUGGCUGUGCAGUAUUGAGCAUCAUGGAUGUACUUCAAUCAAUCUCUGAACUAAAGGAAGAAAAAGAUUUUGUUCUAAAAGUUUACACGUGCAACAAUGAAAAUGAAUGGUAUCAGAUCCAUGAAAACAUUAUCCGCAAGUCCAGUACCAAGUAUACAGCACCCAGCUCAAACUAUGGACUUAUAAUUUCUCUACAGCUUCUUCGUGGGGACAUGGAGCAGAUUCGACGGGAGAACCCCAUGAUCUUUAACAGGGGGGUGUCUGUUACCAGAAAACUCGGUUUCCCCGAUGUCAUAAUGCCAGGUGAUAUACGUAAUGACUUGUACCUGACACUAGAGAAGGGGGAUUUUGAGAGAGGCGGGAAGAGUGUUCAGAAGAACAUUGAAGUGACCAUGUAUGUUCUUUAUGCAGAUGGAGAGAUCCUGAAGGACUGUAUCAGUUUGGGCUCAGGAGAGCCAAACAGAAGUGCAUACCACUCUUUUGUCCUCUACCACAGUAACAGCCCUCGUUGGGGGGAAAUUAUCAAGCUACCCAUCCCCAUUGACAGGUUUCGUGGGUCUCACCUUCGCUUUGAGUUCAGGCAUUGCUCCACUAAAGACAAAGGAGAAAAAAAGCUUUUUGGCUUUGCAUUCACUCCUCUGAUGAGGGAUGAUGGCACCACCCUAUCGGAUGAUAUCCAUGAGCUUUAUGUUUAUAAGUGUGAUGAGAACAGCACAUUUAAUAAUCAUGCUCUGUACCUGGGGCUGCCCUGCUGCAAAGAGGACUACAACGGCUGCCCUAACAUCCCUUCUAGCCUCAUUUUCCAGCGUAGUACCAAAGAGACCUUCUCGAUCUCCACCCAGCUCUCCUCCACGAAACUCACCCAGAACGUGGACUUGCUUGCCCUCUUAAAAUGGAAGGCUUACCCAGACCGUGUAAUGGAUAUCCUAGGAAGACUGAGGCAUGUCAAUGGCGAGGAAAUUGUUAAGUUCUUGCAAGAUAUUCUAGACACGUUAUUUGUGAUUUUGGAUGACAAUACAGAAAAGUAUGGCCUGUUGGUCUUCCAGUCAUUGGUGUUCAUCAUAAAUCUGCUACGUGACAGCAAAUAUUUCCAUUUCCGACCUGUUAUGGAUAUGUACAUUCAGAAACACUUUGCAGGAGCACUGGCUUACAAAGAACUGAUCCGAUGUUUGAAGUGGUACAUGGACCGAUCAGCUGAGCUUGUACGACAAGAUCAUAUCCAGGAAGCAAUGAGGGCCUUGGAAUAUCUUUUCAAGUUCAUUGUCCAAUCUCGGAUCCUUUACUCAAGAGCUACUUGUGGAAUGGAGGAGGAACAAUUUCGCUCCAGUAUCCAAGAGCUUUUCCAGUCCAUCAGAUUCGUGCUCAGCUUGGACAGCAGGAGCUCAGAGACUCUCAUCUUCACACAGGCUGCUUUACUGAAUUCCUUCCCUGCAAUCUUUGAUGAGCUAUUGCAGAUGUUCACCGUGCAGGAAGUAGCAGAGUUUGUGAGAGGAACUCUAGGAAGCAUGCCCAGUACAGUGCAUAUCGGACAGUCGAUGGAUGUAGUUAAGCUGCAAUCUAUAGCACGCACUGUGGACAGCCGCCUGUUUUCUUUCUCGGAAUCUCGGCGAAUCUUGCUCCCUGUGGUUCUUCAUCACAUUCACCUUCAUCUGAGACAGCAGAAGGAGUUACUCAUCUGCUCUGGGAUCCUCAGUAGUAUCUUCUCCAUUAUCAAGGCCAGCUCCUUGGAGGCAGAUGUAGUGGAGGAGGUUGAGAUGAUGGUGGAGAGCCUCCUGGAUGUACUUUUACAGACUCUGCUUACUAUCAUGAGUAAAUCGCAGUCUCAGGAGGCGGUAAGAGGGCAGCGUUGCCCGCAGUGCACAGCCGAAAUCACUGGAGAGUAUGUGUCCUGUCUCUUGUCUCUGCUUCGUCAGAUGUCAGACACUCAUUUUCAACAUUUACUGGACAACUUCCAGAGCAAGGAUGAGCUAAAGGAGUUCCUGCUGAAGAUUUUCUGUGUGUUUCGAAACCUGAUGAAGAUGAGUGUCUUUCCUCGGGACUGGAUGGUGAUGAGGUUGCUCACCAGCAAUAUCAUAGUUACAACAGUCCAGUACCUGUCCUCUGCCCUGCACAAGAACUUCACAGAAACAGACUUUGAUUUUAAGGUGUGGAACUCCUAUUUCAGCUUGGCAGUUCUGUUUAUAAACCAGCCAAGCCUGCAGCUAGAAACUAUCACUCCAGCUAAGAGAAAGAAGAUUCUGGACAAAUAUGGCGACAUGCGAGUGAUGAUGGCAUAUGAGUUAUUCAGCAUGUGGCAGAACCUGGGUGAACAUAAAAUUCACUUUAUUCCGGGAAUGAUUGGCCCCUUUCUUGGUGUCACACUGGUCCCACAGACAGAGGUCCGCAACAUCAUGAUCCCCAUCUUUCAUGACAUGAUGGACUGGGAGCAGAGGAAAAAUGGCAACUUCAAACAGGUGGAAGCUGAAUUGAUUGAUAAGCUGGACAGCUUGGUAUCAGAAGGAAAAGGAGAUGAGAACUACAGGGAGCUCUUCAGUCUACUAACCCAGCUCUUUGGGCCCUACCCCAGCCUGCUGGAGAAGAUUGAACAAGAGACAUGGCGGGAGACUGGCGUCUCUUUUGUUACAUCAGUUACUCGCCUCAUGGAGCGUCUCCUUGACUACAGGGACUGCAUGAAAGGAGAUGAAACAGAAAACAAGAAGAUUGGCUGCACUGUUAACCUGAUGAACUUUUAUAAAUCUGAAAUUAACAAGGAAGAGAUGUAUAUCCGCUACAUCCAUAAGCUGUGUGACAUGCAUUUACAGGCUGAGAACUACACUGAGGCUGCAUUUACAUUGCUUCUGUACUGUGAGCUACUUCAGUGGGAGGACAGACCUCUGCGAGAGUUCCUGCACUACCCAUCACAGACAGAGUGGCAACGUAAGGAGGGGCUAUGCCGGAAGAUUAUCCACUACUUCAACAAAGGGAAGAGCUGGGAGUUUGGAAUCCCACUGUGCAGAGAGCUGGCCAUUCAGUAUGAAAGUCUGUAUGAUUAUCAAAGCCUCAGCUGGAUUCGGAAAAUGGAAGCUACCUAUUAUGAUAACAUCAUGGAACAGCAGCGCUUGGAACCUGAGUUUUUCAGAGUUGGUUUUUAUGGCCGGAAAUUCCCCUUCUUCCUUCGGAACAAGGAGUAUGUAUGUCGAGGCCAUGACUACGAAAGGCUGGAGACCUUCCAACAAAGAAUGCUGAGUGAGUUCCCACAAGCCAUUGCAAUGCAGCACCCAAACCAUCCAGAUGACACCAUUUUGCAAUGUGAUGCUCAGUAUUUACAGAUAUAUGCAGUGACUCCCAUCCCAGACAAUAUUGAUGUGCUACAAAUGGAACGUGUGCCUGAUCGUAUAAAGAGCUUUUAUCGCGUCAACAACAUCAGGAAAUUCCGCUAUGAUAGGCCUUUCCACAAAGGUCCAAAGGACAAAGAGAAUGAAUUUAAGAGCUUGUGGAUUGAACGUACCACUCUGACACUGACUCACAGUUUACCUGGGAUCUCCCGGUGGUUUGAAGUGGAGAGAAGAGAACUGGUCGAGGUGAGCCCUUUGGAAAAUGCCAUUCAAGUUGUUGAGAACAAAAACCAGGAGCUGAGGACAUUGAUAAGCCAGUAUCAGCACAAGCAAAUGCAUGGCAACAUUAACCUGCUCAGCAUGUGUCUGAAUGGAGUGAUUGAUGCAGCUGUGAAUGGUGGCAUAGCACGGUACCAAGAGGCCUUUUUUGAUAAAGAUUAUAUCACCAAGCACCCUGGAGAUGCAGAAAAAAUCACACAGCUCAAAGAGCUCAUGCAGGAACAGGUGCAUGUUCUUGGAGUGGGUCUGGCAGUACAUGAGAAAUUUGUACAUCCAGAGAUGCGUCCUCUACAUAAGAAACUGAUUGAUCAGUUCCAAAUGAUGCGAUCUAGUCUGUAUCAUGAGUUGCCUGGUUUGGAUAAAUUGAGUCCAGCCUGUUCUGGUACCAGCACCCCACGCAGCAGUGUUCUUGUGUCACACGGCCCAAUGAGUCCAGAGAGCAUCAAGCUGGUGCAUCGACACAGCCCAUUGAACUUGCUGGGUUCAGUCAGACACUCGUCAUCGUCUCUUUCCUCCCAUACUUCCAGUGAAACAGGAAACCUGGUUAUCCUAACAGACAGUUCUGUAGGGGAGACCGCUGAGGACAUGUACCACAUGCAGCUUGUUUACCCUAACUCCAGGUACCAAGGCUCAGUCACCAACAUCUCUGUUUUAUCCUCGUCCCAGGCCAGUCCUUCCACUUCAAGCCUGAGCUCUACCCACUCUGCACCAUCCCAGAUGAUUAACUCUGCCCCUCCCAGUGCACGAGGCUCUCCCUCUCUACCAGAUAAGUACCGCCACACUCGGGAGCUGAUGAUGCUGCUGCCAACCCACCGGGACCGACCAAGCAGUGCCAUGUAUCCUGCAGCUAUCAUGGAAAAUGGGCAGCCUCCAAAUUUUCAGCGCGCCUUGAUCCAGCAAGUGAUCGGACCAUGCAAACCUUGCAGUGAUCCCAAUCUAUCUGUUGCUGAGAAAGGUCACUACUCACUGCACUUUGAUGCCUUCCACCACCAGCUCAGUGAUGCUCCUCCAGCACUGCCUGCACGGACAUUGCGCAAGUCUCCUCUUCAUCCAAUUCCUGCAUCACCCACAAGUCCCCAGUCUGGCCUGGAUGGAAGUAACUCCACUCUGUCAGGCAGUGCCAGCAGUGGUGUGUCCUCCUUAAGUGAGAGUAACUUUGGACACUCAUCUGAGCCCCCUCCUCGCACAGACACCAUGGAUUCUGUCCCUAGCCAGGCCUGGAAUACUGAUGAAGACUUAGAGACACCCUACCUCCCUGUCAGGUACAGUCUCUCUGAACCUGAUGUUCUGGAGUCACUCAAAUCCCAGCCAUGUCGAAGCCACUCUGCUCCAUCUGGAGUCAUUCCUCAGGACACUAUGGACCCUCCAGCUCUCCCCCCAAAACCAUAUCAUGCUCGGCUCCCAAACAUGGAGAAUGAAGAGGAAAUGAUGCUGAUGAUGGAAGAGGAAGACAAACACCGGCCACUGCAUCGCAAAGUCUCCCAACCAGCUAGUGGUGGAAAGGAGGAGCAGGCCAGGGUAGCAUGGGAGCAUGGCAUCAGUGAGCAGUAAGCAGGACUACCUGGAAAGAAGCUUGUGUAGUAAUUCCAGGUCUGAUCGGAAGAAAGAC